UUCUGGGUUCUGUGACCAGGCCAGAGCAGCAGACCUGUCACUGCAGGAGGAUUCCACCUGUAUGUCUAACCUGGGCUGAAUCAUGCAGAGAUGUGAAUGACUGUGCUUGAGAUCAGUUUUAUCUCCAGUACUGGUGUAUACAGGCUCUGAAGUUGGCCACAUGUAGUUGGAAGAUGGGGAAGAAAAGCCGAGUAAAAACUCAGAAGUCAGGUACAGGAGCUACAGCGACAGUAUCUCCAAAGGAAAUGUUGAAUCUAAUCAGUGAGUUAUUGCAAAAAUGCAGCAGUCCUCCCCCAGGUCCUGGUAAGGAAUGGGAAGAAUAUGUACAGAUCCGUUCGCUUGUGGAGAAAAUCCGCAAAAAGCAAAAAGGUUUGUCUGUUGUCUUUGAUGGAAAAAGAGAUGACUAUUUCCCUGAAUUGAUAAAGUGGGCAACUGAAAAUGGAGCAUCCACAGAGGGUUUUGAAAUAGCUAACUUUGAAGAGGAGGGAUUUGGUUUGAAAGCAACAAGAGAGAUAAAGGCUGAAGAAUUGUUUUUGUGGGUUCCUAGAAAACUGUUGAUGACGGUUGAGUCAGCUAAAAAUUCAGUCUUAGGAUCUCUGUAUUCUCAAGAUCGAAUUCUUCAAGCCAUGGGUAAUAUAACAUUGGCAUUCCAUCUCCUUUGUGAGCGAGCCAACCCCAACUCUUUCUGGCUGCCCUACAUCCAGACUCUCCCCAGUGAAUAUGAUACUCCUCUCUAUUUUGAAGAAGAUGAAGUGCAGUAUCUUCAAUCAACUCAGGCCAUACAUGAUGUUUUUAGCCAAUAUAAAAAUACAGCUCGACAGUAUGCCUAUUUCUACAAAGUUAUUCAGACCCAUCCUAAUGCCAGCAAACUGCCCUUAAAGGAGUCUUUCACUUAUGACGACUACAGAUGGGCAGUUUCCUCUGUUAUGACACGGCAGAAUCAGAUUCCAACAGAAGAUGGUUCCAGAGUUACACUGGCUCUAAUACCUUUAUGGGACAUGUGUAAUCAUACUAAUGGACUGAUCACUACAGGCUACAAUUUGGAAGAUGACCGGUGUGAAUGUGUAGCGCUUCAAGAUUUCAAGGCUGGAGAGCAGAUUUACAUUUUUUAUGGCACUCGGUCAAACGCUGAAUUUGUGAUCCACAGUGGUUUUUUCUUUGAUAAUAAUUCACAUGACAGAGUGAAAAUAAAGCUUGGCGUGAGUAAAAGUGACAGGCUGUAUGCUAUGAAGGCAGAGGUCUUAGCUCGUGCUGGUAUCCCAACUUCAAGUGUUUUUGCCUUGCACUCCACUGAGCCUGCAAUCUCUGCCCAGCUUUUGGCUUUCCUUCGAGUGUUUUGUAUGAGUGAAGAAGAGCUGAAGGAGCACUUGAUAGGUGAGCAUGCGAUUGGCAAAAUCUUCACUCUGGGGAACUCUGACUUUCCUGUUAGUUGGGACAAUGAAGUUAAACUUUGGACAUUUCUGGAAGCCAGAGCAUCCCUUCUUUUGAAAACCUAUAAAACAACUGUGGAGGUCGAUAAGUCCUUCCUGGAGACUCAUGACCUCACUCCACAUGCGAUAAUGGCCAUCAAAUUGCGCUUAGGUGAAAAAGAGAUCCUGGAGAAGGCAGUGAAGAGCGCAGCUGCCAGCAGAGAGUAUUAUACCAAACAAAUGGCAGAUGGAGUUCCACUUCCAAAGUAUGACAAGGGCCAUAUUGCCUUGUUGGAGAACACUGUGGCAGACUCUAGACUCCCUAUUGUCUUGAGAAACCUAGAAGACGUGGAAGAGCAAGGGGACUUAAAGAUUGAUGAUGCCAUUGAUGCUGAAGUCACAGAGAAUGGGUUUGUAAAUGGUGAAAACUCUUUAUUUAAUGGGACCAAAUCAGAAAGUGAAAAUCUUAGUAAAGAGAAAAGCAACAGAGGGACUGAAGAUGCCAAAGAAUCUUCUUCAGAAAGUACUGAUGAGGUUAAAGAAUAGUCCUAAAGUUUUACUUUCUUGUGAAAUUAAACUAGCUGAAGUUUA